CAUAAUGCUACUGUUGCCUAGCAACAGUAGCCACAAAAAAAAAUUUUGGCACGCAUGAUCGAUUCCCAUGACCUCCUGUGUAGAUGAACGAUUUUAUCGUGUGCCCACGCCGAGCUCAGUUUAUUUUGAAAAUGUUACGAAGUUUAGCGUGCUUCUCGCUUCCUUACAGAAUCCACUUUCGCCGAAUUCACAUCACUUUCAUCUUACUGAUCGUCUGUUGCGGACUCGCUUUGGUUUUGCAUCUUUCGGGUUAUGGAUUAUUUUAUUCGAGCUCUCACUUUGAGAAGACUCUGCGAGUAAAAUAUAUCAAGCAAGUUGGAAACUACAGCUCGGCCUGUCGACUGCCUAAUCUGAACCCGUUUCAUCCAAGCAUACUAGAAUUUGUCAAAGAUCUCGGCAAGUUACAGUGUAAAGGAGAGAGAUAUUCCUUUUUCGUUAAUAACCUGCUUGAAGUGAAAGGACAAGACAUAUACUCUGCGCAAUACAGGACCAUUGAGAGACCGCAUGGAGAUGAUUUCAAGGUGGUUCUUUCCGAUGCCACGAGCUUGUCGAAUGAAGCGGAGCCCGUGAAUGAUGAAAAUAGUGCAAAUACCGGUUUCUUGAAGAGAUUCUGGAACGCGCUUAUAGGAUCAAGAAAAUCUUCUUCGACAGGACCAUUUCUGGGAAAGGCAACAGUUAAAGCGGACUUUGUCCGAGUCGAUGUUGCUACCACUUCUUCUUGGAGAACCAACAGUGAUGUGCAUAUGCAGGUGUCUCCAAAGGAGGAAGUGAUCGCUAGACCGGUGAAGCCUGGCGGGAUUCCACUUGAUAUUGCCCUUAUCAUGUUCGACUCCACCUCGGCGGCUAACUUCAAACGAAAGAUGCCAAACACUCUGCAGUAUUUGACCAAGAACCUCAACUCCAUCUUACUUGAAGGCGAAACGAUUGUCGGCGAUGGUACCACAGCUCAACUGUGUGCAAUGCUUACCGGGAUAGCUGAAAAGAAACAGCCUGAAGCCAGACGGAGCGAGUCUUCAUCUGGCACAGUCGAUAAAUGGAGGUGGAUUUUUAGAGAUUUCAAACAGAAAGGAUACGCCACCUUAUUCUCAGAAGACAAUUCCAGAUUUGGAUCGUUUAAUUACCGUUUGCACGGUUUCAAAGACCCACCGACGGACCACUUCGCCCGGCCGUUUUGGUUGGAGGCAGAUAAACUUCUAUACAAUUAUUGCAUCGGUAGCAGAGCUGCUCAUAACAUCUCACUGGAAUAUUUGUUGAGUUUCUUUCGUGCGUACAAAAGCAAGCCAAAGUUUUCGUUGACAACGCACGCAGAUAUCUCUCACGAUGACCAGAACGCAAUUGGUUACGUCGAUGAUGACUUGAAAAGCAUUUUGCAAACAUUAGAAAACGAGAACUUUUUGGCAAACACUCUGUUGAUCAUAUUUGGUGACCAUGGAGCCCGGUUUUCUGACUUAAGGAAAACAAUUCAAGGAAAAUUGGAGGAACGCCUUCCGUUUAUGUCAAUCACGCUUCCUAAAUGGUUUAUUGAGAAGUACCCAGACCUACACAGCAAUCUUGUUCACAACUCCAAAGUACUGACCACACCCUUUGACGUGUAUGCUACACUUCGUCAUAUCCUGUCUUACCCAAGUUAUCCGGCAAGCGAAAUAACAACAGGCGAAAGCCUGUUUAACAAGAUUGACAAGGAGAGCCGUACAUGCGAAAACGCGGGCGUUGAGGAACACUGGUGUCCUUGUCUUAACUUGGAAGAGAUUUCGACAGAUGAACCUUUAAUCAAGGAAUUGGCGGAGUUUGUGGUCACGUUCAUGAACAAUUUAAUGUUCAAAAACUCGCACCUAGAAAACCUGUGUCACAAACUCGUUUUAAAGAAAAUUACUGGCGCGUUUCGGGACAUGCCAAGUGAAAAAAUGCAGUUUUUUGAUAAAACUAGACGCGAUGGUGAAUGCGAUUCAUGUGGGCUGACAUUCGCUGGCAAAUCUACCAAUACACUUGGAGAUGACACAUUGUAUCAGCUGCAAUUUGUAACAUCGCCAAAUGAAGGAUUUUACGAAGCUUCUGUGAAAAUGAAAAAAGGAGUUCCUUCACUUGCAGGUGAUGUCAGUCGUAUUGACGCUUAUAAGGACCAACCGUACUGCAUUGCGAAGAAAUUUCCACUUUUACGGAAGUAUUGUUACUGUUCCCAAUCUCCUGACAUCAGGUCAUGACAAUAAGUAGGUUAAUUAAAUUAUUAAGGUACCAAUUUUUAUACAAAAAGUAACAAGAAAAAGGAAAUGACGAGCCUGCGUUUAGAGCUCUUUUGCCGCUUGGUCUGUCGUUCAGGGUGCUCCAGGGUUAUCAGCCAGUUCUCAAUCGGAAUUUUCGUCAGUCUUCCUCUAUCUCUGGCUGCCAUCUUUUCAAGAGAUUAUUAGCAAGCUGUUGUAGCCAAUUUUUUUAUUGUUAUUAACUCGAGGGUCUACAGUCAAAAUUGGCGCGUUCGUUUCAACAGACAGUUAUAUAGAUAUUUUAGUCUGAAAUGUCUGAUUUUAAUCUUUAACAACAGGUUCUACUUUCCAAAUACUAAGAUUGACUUUCAAGAUGA